AUGCCCUCCCUCUUUGAGACUAUUAGCAAGAACUUGGUCAGAGAGCUUGGAGACAAAGACCUGAGGCCCAUGAGAUGCCUGUCGAAUGCCAACCAAUUCCGUCAGCUGGCAAUAUUACAGAAGAGGAAGAAGCGCUCACCCUUCUGGGAACAACCUGACAUUCCAGCCGAAUACACCCUCAUGGACCUCCUGGAGCCAAGUUCUUCAGUUCCCGAAACUGCUGUCAUGGGACCGUUUCUCUUCAGGGACACUGUGGUCCAGCAGGGACAGGUUUCUGCCAACGUGACCACUGGGCUAGAAAUGAAUGUGUCGGGGAAAGCUACUGUGUUCCAUGGAUCCUCCCUUCAGGUUCAGGCUGUUACAAUCCCACCCCAUAACUGGAAAGACCUUCAAAAGAGGAAAGUGCAAGAUCCAGAGCUGCUAUUUCUGGUGAAGUGCCGGGACAGACAGGAUAAUCUCUAUGUGGUGACAGACACCGUGGAACUGACCAACACUACUGUGCUUUAUGACAACAGAAGUGUGAAUGUUUGGGGAAGCUGCUUUCUCCCUUUUGAUACUUUCUUCAAGGGUCAAGGCCAGGGAGAGGGUCUAAAAGUGAGAGAGAAGACACUGAUUCUGCCACAGGGCACAGUGAUGGCCUACAAGAGGAAGCAGCUGGUUUUUAAGGAGAAUGGCUGGGAUAUUCUCAUCUCAGAUGACGACAAGGAGAAGACCUUUCCAGAAGAGAAACUGCGCUACCAGUCGAAAUCACUUCCAAGCACCAUCAACAGUGGUUUCAUCCGCCUAAGAGGUGAAUAUGUGUUUGCUGGAGGAAGAACACAGGAACCUUUUAGGCAAGAUUUCAAGCAACUACAUGAAGAGAUUUUCCAGGAAGUGGAGGCCCUGGACGAGCUCUCAAAGGACACUCAGGAUGCCAUAUUCCGUAAUAUCCUGAACACGCUUGGGAACCGAAAGGCUUUGCUGGAACUUAUGGACAAGCUGGAUGGGGACCCCUUUGAUCCUUUGGAUGGCUUUGGUGGCGAAAUCCUAAAUGAGACACAAGAGGACACAAGAAAUCUAUGGAUCCAGGGAAGAUCCUCCAUCAUUUACCUCCUCGAAGCCAUAAUAGUGCUGAGUGAUACCCAACACAAUCUGCUGGCCCAGUCCAUGAAGAAGAGGAUCCUCCUCCAGCAGCAGGAGCUGGGUGAAGGUCUGGCCAUCACCUAUGGCCUGCUGCAGGAGUGUGGCCUGAAUAUGGAGCUGAAUAGUCCCAGGUCAACCUGGGAUCUGGAAGUCAAGCAGCCCCUGUCUGCCCUGUAUGCGACCCUUUCCAUUCUGCAGCAGCUAGCAGGCAGUCAGAGAGGCCAGGCCCUACCAGUCUAUACUGGAAGUGUCCCUGAUGAGCUCAGAGGACUUAGGACCACAAUUUCUGCCACUCUAGGUCAGACACAGCCAGGAGUCAGUAGACUUGAGGGAAAGUUCUGAAAUCACAGAAAGAUCUGUACCUUGAUGAAGAUUCAUGCAUUUGUCAAAACUCAUCAAAUAGUAUCUAAAGAUGUGAGCAUUUCGCUGUAUAUAGCAAUGCUACUCCAAAACAAUGUAAACCAAUAUUAAACGCCAGUAACAAUAUGAAUUGUUUGGGGUGAGGUGUACUGAUAUCAGCAACUUACUUUGAAAUACAUCAUAAGGGACGCCUGGCUGGCUCAGUGGUUGAGCAUCUGCCUUUAGCUCAGGGCGUGAUCCUGGUGUCCUGGGAUCAAGUCCCACAUCAGGCUCCCCAGGGGGAGCCUGCUUCUCCCUCUGCCUAUGUCUCUGCCUGUCUCUAAUGAAUAAAUAAAUAAAAUCUUUUAAAAAAUGCAUCAUAAAAAAAUGCAUCAUAAAAUAAGGGGACUAAUGAAUGGAUAGAGAGACAGAUAUCAGAUUUUAAAAACAAGAGGUUUUCUUCUUUUUUUCAUUUAAAUUUAAUUAACAUAUAAUGUAGUAGUGGUUUCAGAAGUAGAAGUUAGUGAUUCAUCAGCUGCAUACAACAGCCAGUGCUCAUUACAUCCAAUACCCUUCUUAA